GGAGGCAUGAAGUGAGGGAGAAGUACAGAAGUGAGGGAAGGAGGGAGGGAGGGACCUGUCCUACAGUCUACGACUCAACCUAGAGACACAAUCAAGCUGACAGCCAAAUAAAUAGAAGCAAUACAAGACUAAAGUGGAGAGCACCCUGACAUAGGGGUGACAUAUAGGAGACAGGGAGGGUCUGACACUUGUCUGCCAGGGACACAUCCUUGCCAACUUCUACCCUGACAGCAUGCUCUUCUCAGUUCAUUGAGGAUAUGUCCUUUAACUAGAGGCGGCGUAUUGGUGCCUGCAGAAGAAGCACAUUUGGACAAACCUAAGGAGAUAGAUGCAGCAGAGUAAAGGUGAAUAGAGGUGGGUACACCCUGAGUGUAUCCCAGUGCUGAGAUGCCCAUGUUGCUCCUGUUCCUGCUGCUCCUCAACUUUGUGGCACUGAUGCCCGCCCAGGGGCCCCCAAGUUGUCAUGAAGUGCGCGCGGCAUUCCAGCUUCAGCAGGUUGGGAGAGGACGACUGGUGCCCGAGGUACCAGUUGAGGAGUCCGACGUUCAGAUCUGUGAGCAGAAGGCUCCAACAUGCUGUACCAGGAAAAUGGAGGAGAGCUAUCAGGCUGCAGUGAAGAGGAAGAUGGCUCAUAAUAUCCAAGCUCUGAAUUUUGAGCUCAAAUUCACGAUCGUUGCACAUGCAUCUGCCUUUCAAGAGACAUUUACUUAUUUGAUUGACUUGGCCACCAACAACACACUUUCCUUGUUUCACAGCAAGUAUCGCUCCAUGGCCCAGGAUGUACAAGAGACAGUGAAGGAGCUGUUCACUGACCUGUCCCUGAAUAUUAUGGGAGCGGACAUGCCACUGGAGGAUGCAUUCUCCCGGUUUUUAGAUGCGCUUUUCCCUGUGGUUUACAACCACCUUAUAAACCCAAGGAUAGCAUCACUGUCAGAUGAGUACUUGGACUGCCUGCGCUUGACACGUCUAGACAUUAACCCAUUUGGAAACUAUUCUAAUGAGAUGACUACAAGGCUGUCCAAAUCACUGUGGACAAGCAGAAUGAUAAAGCAGGCAUUGAACAUGGCAGAGCAAGUCAUUAACAGUACUGAGCAUGCAGGCUUGACACGGGAGUGCACCCACGCACUGGUGAAAAUGCAGUAUUGUCCCCAUUGUCAAGGGCUGACUCUCAUCCGACCAUGUGUUGGCUACUGUCUCAAUGUAAUGAGAGGAUGUUUGGCCAGCCUGGCAAGUCUGGAUGACCCUUGGAGAGGAUUCAUCAGCUUAGUGGAUCACCUUGCUAAUCAGAUUACAGGGUCAAAUGACCUGGAGCAAUCCCUUCUAGGGAUCAGGGAUGUCGUUGAUCAGUCCAUUCAACAUGCAGAGUCACAGGGCUCUUUUCUCUCAAAGAUGGUAGAGAAAGUGUGUGGUGAGCUACAAGAGAGUCCAGACAAACAGAUGUCCCAGAAGAAGACGAACGAACAAGAUCCAGCUGCUGUGCUGCCUUCUGUAGCAAAACGCUAUUCUCUUGCACAGCUAAGAAGCUCUCUGCCUCUGAAAGCUUCGAAGAAUGACAAGCCUAACAGCUUGAAAAGAAUCUCUCGUGAAUUCACGAAGUACAUAAAGCCAUCAAGGACAUUCUACACCACACUGGCAGAGCGUCUUUGUGAUGGGGACCUGGCCGUGAGGGAUGGUUCGACCUGCUGGAAUGGAGAGGAUGUAGUAGAAAGCUAUACAAACCUUGUAGUUUCCAGUGAUUUUAAGGAUCAAGUGAACAACCCAGAAGUUAAGGUACGAGGGACCAAUGUAAUCAUCAAUCAAGUCAUCAAUAAGCUGCGUCUCUUCAUACAGAUGGGCAGUGAAAGAAGAAUCAAGGCAGAACGAUGGCGGAUCACAGAGGGUAGCGGAGGAGAAGGGGGGUCAGAGGGUGAGGAGGAUCAAAGUGGUGACUGUGAUGAUGAAGAUGGUUGUCAAGGAUCUGGUGAGAGUAUAGAAACAGAUACAAAAAGACGGAUUGACAACUCAGUUAUGGUAAACCGAACCAUGAAAGCUGUCCCACACAACCCCAGUGCCACCAAAACAGCCCCGAAAGAAAAUGAUUCAUCAAACUCUGCUAGCAGAGUGUGCACUUCCUCAGUUAUUGUCGUGGCCUCCUUAUUAAUUAUGUGUCAGAUUAUAUCACAGCUUUGCAAUGCUGCAGCUACCUUUUAAGAAUCUGCUCCUAAUCCUCUGAAGCCUUAUUCAAGAGAAGAAAGAAGAAGAAAGUAGCUUUUUAGGACAAAAGACAAAAAGACAGCAUGAGCUGAUGCUGAAUGACCUUGGAUGAGUCAACCCGCGGUUUAAAUGGGAUGACAGGCUGGCAAGCUAGACGUACAUCUCGGGAACAGUACAGAUGGAGGUGACAGAUAAUAAACAACUCUCACACCUCAAGCAACACGAAAACAAAGUCUCCGUUAUUAAGCGGCUUGGUUGCAGAUAUGAGAUUUACAGUUCAGGAGUGAAACUUGGACAAAGUCACUGUGGAUAGAUGCUCAGAGCCCGAUAUCUAAUCCAAUAAUGUAGACAAACCUGCCUGGUUGAUAAACUAACAUGGCGGGGCUGAAGUGAUACUUUUCUACUGCUGUGCGUGUCAGACCUAUGAGUCUCUUUGCACUUUAGAAGCCAUUAAGCAAAGAUGAGCUUCACAUGUUACAGAUACCUCUAGGAUUCUCCUCUAUAUUUGUCACUUUUGCUCCCACUUUAAAAGUCAGCAAAUACAAGUGUAUGUUUGUCAGUG